CCGGAGACUCGGUACCGGAGAAUGAGAGAGACACUAGCGAGACAGCAUACGACGAGACACUGGACAGCUCAGUCCUUUAGUUUUUAUUUCAAUUUCCUCGUUUUCCCAGGUGUUUUAUAGUAGGAAAUUAAGAUGGCCACGUCCGCUAGCGCCACGUUGAGUAAAGCUGUCAAGCAGCAGUACAUGGAGCUCCCACAGGGAGAUAAAGUCCAAGCCAUGUAUAUUUGGAUCGAUGGGACCGGAGAGGGGCUCCGGUGCAAAACCAGGACGCUGGAUUUUGAGCCCAAAAGCAUCGAAGAUCUCCCCGAGUGGAACUUCGAUGGCUCCAGUACCUACCAGUCUGAGGGCUCCAACAGCGACAUGUAUCUGAUCCCUGCUGCCAUGUUUCGGGAUCCAUUCCGCAAAGACCCCAACAAGCUGGUCCUGUGUGAAGUGCUCAAGUACAACCGCAAACCUGCAGAAACCAACCUUCGAAUCACAUGCAGCAAGGUGAUGGAGAUGGUGGAGGACCAGAUUCCCUGGUUUGGCAUGGAGCAGGAGUAUACCAUUCUGGGCACAGAUGGACACCCCUUUGGCUGGCCAUCUAAUGGUUUCCCUGGACCACAAGGUCCAUACUACUGCGGUGUGGGAGCUGACAAAGCCUAUGGCAGAGAUAUAGUGGAGGCCCAUUACAGAGCUUGUCUGUAUGCUGGAGUUGAGAUUUGUGGCACAAAUGCAGAAGUGAUGCCUGCUCAGUGGGAGUUCCAGGUCGGGCCUUGUGAGGGGAUCAACAUGGGCGAUCAUCUCUGGGCGGCGCGCUUCAUCCUGCAUCGUGUCUGUGAAGAUUUUGGCGUUGUUGCGUCAUUCGACCCCAAGCCAAUCACUGGCAACUGGAACGGUGCUGGCUGCCAUACAAACUUUAGCACAAAAGAGAUGAGGGAAGACGGUGGCUUAAAAGCCAUUGAAGAUUCCAUUGAGAAGCUUGGGAAGAGGCACAGCUAUCACAUCCGUGCCUACGAUCCCAAAGGGGGGCUCGACAACGCCCGCCGUCUCACCGGCCACCACGAAACCUCAAACAUCAACGAAUUCUCCGCCGGCGUGGCCAACCGUGGCGCCAGCAUCCGCAUCCCUCGUAACGUUGGCCAGGAUAAGAAGGGCUACUUCGAGGACCGUCGCCCAUCGGCCAACUGUGACCCGUACGGCGUGACGGAGGCCCUGAUCCGCACCUGUUUGCUGAGCGAGGAGGGAGAUGAACCUGCGGAUUACUAGAUCCACAACUCCAUGAAUGACUCCCACUGCCCUCCUCACUUUAUCUUUUCUUUAAACUAGUACUGUAUUAUUUUUCUCUCCCAUUGAGAUGAAAUUUAACCUGCAUUUAAUGGCUUAAAGUUGGCUGGUCAACUUAAAACAUGACAAGGUAACGAUAUCCUUGGUAGUUAUGCGCUGGUAAUGGCAGGGUACGUCUUUCCCCUCGUCUUCUAGAAGGGAUCGGCUUUUGUAACACUGUUUUAUAGCCAAGAUCUUUCCCUUUCUGUUUGUUUGUGACUAAAAUGAACUAAAGCACACGGGACCCUGAAGAGUAGAGCUGCUAAAGGCUGGACAGCAUGUGUAACUUAAUUAAAAAUCUGACUAGUUCAUGUACUGUUAAAAAAAAAAAAAAAAAAAAAAAAAAUCUGUUGACCUGCCUUUUUUUUAAGUAUCCAGUCUUCAAUGUUACUAAUUCUUUAUCAAGUGUCUUUUUUUUUUUUUUUUUUUUUUUUUUUUUUUUUUAAAUGGCAAUGUUUGUCUUCAGAUUUUGACACACUUGGUCAACUUGUAUGGUACACUUUGUAGAUGUCUGUACCCAGACGUAUGUUGUUCAAUUGUGGUGGAUUUGUCCAUAAUGCCAUUUGUAGAUUUCCUCAAGGAGUUUUAUCCUUUUGUUAACUGCGAUAUUGUAAUGCACCCGAUUUGGUAACACAUCAUGUUUACUGGACCUGGUGUUUUUUAUCAAUGCAUUUAAAACUUUUAUUUUACCACAA